AUGAAGCUUUACAAUGAAAAUAAAAGAAUUAGAAGCGCACUGUUGAGGGAAAGAAAUAUGAAACAAAUGUUUUUUGUUGCUGCUAUUAAAAAAUUUAAUAUCGAUUUGAAGGAUACUGGAUUUUUUUUUAGUAGUGGUGUUCAUAAGGAAUGCACCAUUGACUUUAAUUCAGAUGUUCUGGAAAAAAUUUCAGCUCAUAUAAAAAAAGAAUAUUCAAUGGACGAUGAACCAGAAAUUUUUGAAAAUGUUUUAAAAGACUUAUUUUUAGAUUCAAUGAUUUGUGAUAAAAAUAAUGCUUUCUUUGAAAGUGAAAGUACAAUGAGUUACUGUUGUGUUGCCGGAGGAAUAAUAAUAAUUUCGAUAAUUUUUGUCAAUAAAGAUAAUUUUAUUUUUGCUCGUUUAUGGAGAUAUAUAAUUGUAUUGGUUUUUUGUUGUUCAGUUUGUGCUGAAUACUACCGACAAUAUCAAUUAAUUAUUGCAAAUAAAAUGGCAAAUAUGGAAAUAAAUGAAAGUUUGGAGGAUGUUUGCAGAUCUAAAGGAGCUUUUUUGGAAAGUCUAAUGAGUUAUUUUCAAUUAUUUUCAUUAACAAAAUCUAAGUCAGAAUGUUUACUUCGCCACGAAAUAAAAGUUUUGACUUCUGCUUUGUUUACACCUUUAUCAGUUAUUGGUCAGCAAUCAAAUGAAUUUUAUUAUGAAUAUUUCCGUGAUACUACACUCCCAUUAUUUAUUGUGAAGUUGUUUAUACUUGUACUUGUAAUAUUGUUAGGCUUUUUUUAUUUUAUUAAAAAUUCCCAGGAGGAGUCGAAGUCUAUCCAGAAUGGAUAUUUUAAAAUUAUGCCAAUUUAUGUCUCAGUUAUGAAGAAAACAUAUAUUUCACCUAGAAAAAGUAUUGUUUCUACAAAAAAAUUUGAAUCAUUAUUAAUAGAUGAAUCAAAUGCUGUUUGGUUGGCACAACGGGCAACAGGAUUUUUGGUAACAUUAUGUUUUUUUGCACUUCCUUUAUUUUGGUCAAAUAUGAUAAGACAAUGUGUACUUGGUCAGGAUUCAGUUAUAUCUUCUUUUCAAUUUUUUUCAGGAAUUUGUAAUGUAGAACCUUCAUUUCAUUCAAAUGAUCCAUGGUCGGUGAUAAGAAGUUUAUAA